GCCUGGUUAGUAAAUCAAGCUGAAAAUCAGGCGCGGUCGCUAUGCGUCCUGACUUUCAAAGAUGGCGGACGAAGUGAAUGCCACAGUUCCUUCAGAGGCAACACGAAAGACAGUAGUUGAUCGUUAUUUCUCCCGAGGAUAUAUGACAGACGUGAAUGGUCGUUGCGGGGAAGACCAAUGCGUUCUGCUGCAUUCAAACAAGAUCUGUGUGGUGACAGUGUCCCCAGAGCACCCACUAGUGAAGGAAAAAUGUGCAAUCACAAGUAUCAAUUUCCAAAUAAGUUCCAAAAUUAAUCGACUUGAUAACCAUGUAUCUGGUAAAUCCAAGAAAGGAGCACAGUGGAUGAUGCCAGAUGACGCACUAUGUGAAGUGACGUGCUCUAAUGGUACUACUUAUACAUUGAACAGUUGUAUAAAAGGAAAAUUAGUUGAAAUCAACCAAGAGCUACUGAAGACUCCAGAAUUGAUCAAAUUAAAGCCAGAAACUGAUGGAUUCAUUGCCGUGGUGUUACCAAAAUUAACCGAAGUCAAUGAGUACUUUGACAAGCUGUUAUCUCCUGAAAGCUAUCAUCUUUUGUUAGACAAGAGGAAACUAAGUGAACAAGGGGUAACACCAGAAGGUCAUGCAAAUGAACAAAAUGAAAUAGAAGCAAAAAGAAUAAAGCUGACAUGAGGGUCAUCUUUAGAAGAAUGGCAACAUUGUGUUUCGUCCUUUUUUAAGAUCGAAGGCAUGUCUGGAAAAUACCUUGUACAUAUCACAGAGAAUUUAAAAAUCUUUUUCAUUAUUUUAAUAAUGUCGCUUCCUUGUUUAGAUCGUAAAUCUAAGAUAGUCUUGCGCGCUUUUUAACAUACACGUGACAGGCUGUUUGGAGUGUAUAAUUCUGUUUUCUUUUACUGUAACAUUACGUUCGGUCUCCGGUUUGCAAACCAAGCCUAUAUAAAAGGGCACCAAAAUAUCGUUCCCCCGCGCAUGUAAUUGCAAUUGUUACUAAGCCUUUUUUCGUCAAAAAUUAUUCCCAUUGUUGGCCCAACAGGGAACCCAUCCCAAAGGGGUACGUGUAACGGGGAAGUGUUUGCGUAAAAACUAAUGGCUAAAAGGCGCGCGUCCUCGCCGAUAAAAACAAACAAAACAAAAAUUCUUGGACAGUUGGAGAGUGUCAUAGAGAUGUUCAAUUGACGCAGAUAAUAAUGUUCCGGAUCUCCUGUGCUAGAAUGUAAUUAGAAAAUAUUCAACUGUGUAGUAUGUCAAGCAUGACACACGCUCGCCAUCGAAAGAAGAUCCACGCGCGCUUUUGACGUCACGAAGGAAGAUGACAUCACAAUGUACAUCAUUAUAACUCCUCUCUUCAUGAGAGCGCGAAAGAACAAUGCUAUGGAAUACAAUCAAAAGCCUCGAGAUCCUCGAGAAACCAGAAGCGAUUUUCAACCGGAGGCUCACAGCAAAUCCGCAUUACCCCUUUGAAAGAGGAACCGAUAAAACAAAAUUCAUCCUUCAUCUGAGUAGCCGUCGUCACAUCUACAGCCUGUUCAUGUUCUCCACGUCCGUCGUCAUUCUCAUUUUUUGGUCCAUCUUUGAAAGCGCUGGGCAAUUUAUGCUAUUCCCCGUGCUAGUCAGCAUAAUAUCUGGUUUGCUCGCCUGGGAGAGCAGGGGAAAGCGUACUUGCGAGCUUGACUUUAAAAAGAAAAGAUACAAAGUUGUGGCAAGCGGUCACCCUGUGUGCGGUGGGGAGUUUCACAAUGUGUACAUACGACUCAAGGCCCAAAAGCAUGGAGCGGGACAGAUGUAUUAUUACGUGGUGUUUAAUGGGUAUCACGUGGUCGAACAGAAGAUCACUUCGUAUUCCAAGAACGAUAAGAAGAUGCGCAUCCUAGCAAAACGCCUUGCCGAGAAUUUAGAUAUAAAUUUCUUUGACGUUAAAGCCAGUUCCAAGGAACAUGUCAUCCGCCAUCGACGACAACCGAUCAAAGACAACGGAAGCUUAAUUGUGUGAAUUUACGAAUCUGUCUCUUUACCAACAAAUACUUAUCUCGAAAUAAAUGGAAGUAUAACGUUUCUAUACGGUAA